CGAGCGGGCCCAGCUGGUCGCACGUCAGCUUCUCCUCCCAGCAGCUCGCCCCGCUGCCUGACUCACCCAGGAGAGUCCCCCGGCCCGGACUCGGGGCUCAGGAGGGCCGGCAUGGCCUGAGUGCGCGGGGCGCGGCGGCGCAGCGGCGGGAUUGCACCAUGGGGAACCAGGAGGGGAAGCUGAAGAGGAGCGCAGGUGAUGCCGCGCACGAAGGCGGCGGCGGCGGCGGCGGCGGCGGCGGCGCCGAGGAUGCUGCGGGGCCCAGGGAUGUGGAGGCCACAAAGAAGGGCGGUGGGGGCAAGAAGGCGCUGGGCAAGCACGGCAAGGGAGGAGGGGGCGGCGGCGGGGAGCCCGGCAAGAAGAAGAGCAAGUCGGACUCCAGAGCCUCGGUGUUUUCCAACCUGCGGAUCAGGAAGAACCUGUCCAAGGGGAAGGGUGCCGGCGGCUCCCGGGAGGAUGUGCUGGACUCGCAGGCCCUGCAGACCGGGGAGCUGGACAGCGCUCACUCCCUGGUCCCCAAGACUCCAGACCUCAGCCUCUCGGCGGACGAGACGGGCCUCUCGGAUACGGAGUGUGCGGACCCCUUUGAGGCGCCUCGGCCGGGGGGUCCUGGGCCUGCCGAGGCUGCAGUGGCGGUUGGAGCGGUUGCGGAGGAUUUGGAACCCGCGGCGGGGGCGCAGGAUGGACAAAGGACCAGUUCGGGCUCGGAUACGGACAUCUACAGCUUUCACUCGGCCACGGAGCAGGAGGAUUUGCUCUCGGACAUUCAGCAGGCGAUCCGCCUCCAGCAGCAGCAGCAGCUCCAGCAGCUGCUCCAGGGCUCCGAGGCGUCUGCAGCGCCCCCCACUGAAGCCCGCCCUCAACCAGGGGCCUUCCUGGGCCUGGACCGGUUCCUGCUGGGGCCGAGCCCCGGGGCUGGGGAGGCCCCAGGUAGUCCGGACACAGAACAGGCGCUGUCCGCGCUCUCGGAUCUGCCCGGGAGCUUGACCACGGAGCCCGCCUUGCCCGAGCAGCCACCGUCUCCAGGCGCCCCCUUCGCCUCGGAGGCGCUCAGCCUCCCGGAGGCCCAGCCCGCGGCCGCAGACUCGCCCUCAUCCACGGCCUUCACGUUUCCUGAGGCUGGGCCGGGGGAGGGCGCAGCUGGAACCCCCGCGCGAGGGACUGGUGACACGGACGAGGAGGCCGAGGAGGAGGCUUUUGAGGAUGCCCCCCGAGGCUCUCCAGCGGAAGACUGGGCCCCAGAGAGGGGAGAGGCCCGGCACAAGUUGGGGGUUGAGUCCGAGGAGCUGGCGCGAGAGCCUGGAGCCCCCGCAGCCUCCUCCCUGCCCGGCAGCCCCUCGCCCAGUCCGCGCUGCUUCAAGCCCUACCCGCUCAUCACUCCCUGCUACAUCAAGACCACCACCCGGCAGCUCAGCUCGCCCAAUCACUCCCCAUCUCAGUCCCCCAGCCAGAGCCCCAGGAUCAAGAGGCGGCUGGAGUCCUCCCUGAGCCGGGGACCCAGAACUGCCCUGGCCUCGGCAGCCGCCCCGGCUAAGAAGCACCGGGCGGACGGCGGCCUCGUGGGCGGCCUCAGCCGUUCCGCGGACUGGACAGAGGAGGUGGGCACCCGCGCGCCGCGGGCAGGAGGCUCCGCGCACCUGCUGGAGCGCAGGGCAGCCACUGAAGGCGGUGGUAGGGUGUCCCCAGCGUUGGCCGCCAAAGCGUCUGGGUCGUCCGCGGCUGCAGAGGGCUUCCAGAACGUGUUCACAGGGAGGACUCUGUUGGAGAAGCUAUUCAGCCAGCAGGAGAACGGGCCUCCAGAAGAAGCAGAGAAGUUUUGCUCACGGAUCAUUGCCAUGGGUCUCCUACUUCCUUUCAGUGACUGCUUCAGGGAACCGUGUAAUCAGAAUGCCCAAUCGAGUUCAGCUCCGUUUGAUCAAGAUCAACUUUACACCUGGGCUGCAGUUAGUCAACCCACACACUCGGCGGAUUACACAGAAGGGCAGUUUCCCAGGAGAGUCCCGUCUGUGUGGCCAUCAUCUAAACCUCCUCAUGAAGAGCACAGGUCGAAGAAGGCCGAAACAGAAUCUCAAUCUGCUGUUUUGGAAGCCCCGAAUAAGUAUCCAGAUGCUGUCCAGCAGGAGGUUCUUGGCACGAGGUCUGAGGGACAGGCAACUGUCAUUCAGCAGCUGGAACAGACCAUUGAGAAUCUGAGGACCAAAAUAGCUGAGCUGGAAAAGCAGUUCCCUGCUGUAGACAUGGAGUUGGCCAGUAGCCAUCGAGGUGUUGAGAAUGGAGUGGCACCCUCAGAAGAUGUCUAUAUUGAAGCUCUCAGGUUAGGAGAAGAGGAUGUACGGCCUCAAAGGAUUUUACAGGCAAAAUCCAUACAGACAUCCCCUACAGAAGAUGGUGGGAUACUGACACUAACUUCUUUGAAUGCAUUGUCUGAGGAACCUCCAUGCCCAGCUAGAGCUGAAAGUAGAGCAGCAGCUCUCCCAUCCUCACCUUCUGGAUUACAGACAAAAUUCUGUUCAGAGAUUUCUUUGAUUGUGUCUCCAAGGAGAAUAUCAGUCCAGCUCGAUUCCCAUCAGUCCAUACAGAGUGCAUCACAGCCCCUGCCACCUUUAUCCCUUCCAUCAUCUGAUGGUCAUGGAGAGCCAGGGUCUCAACAGCCCCAUGCUUCUCUUCAUACUGAGUUUGAAGACAGUCAUGAACACUCUGUUUCUGAAAACAGCUGUAACAUCCCACACUCACCACUUUUGCCUUGCACAGAGUCACCCAGCUCCAUGCCUGGGCUGGGCAUGGCAAUCCCUCCACCUCCGCCUCUCCCUGGCAUGACAGUGCCUGCUCUGCCCAAUACAGCAAUCCCCCCACCUCCUCCUCUGCCAGUUAUAGAAACACCACCAUCCCUUCUCCCUCCUAUGUCUGGUGAGGGAGUACCCCUUCCUCCUCAUCUUCCUGGUAUGGGAAUUCCUCCUGCCCCUCCUCUACCUGGUAUGGGAAUACCUCCUGCCCCCCCUCUACCUGGUGUGGGAAUACCUCCUGCCCCACCUCUACCUGGUAUGGGAAUACCUUCUCCUCCUCCUCUACCUGGUGUGGGAGUACCUCCUGCCCCCCCUCUACCUUCUCCUCCUCCUCUACCUGGUGUGGGAAUACCUUCUCCUCCUCCUCUUCCUGGUGUGGGAAUUCCUCCUCCCCCUCCUCUACCUGGUGUGGGAAUUCCUCCUGCCCCCCCUCUACCUGGUAUGGAAAUACCUCCUGCCCCCCCUCUACCUGGUGUGGGAAUACCUCCUGCCCCCCCUCUACCUGGUAUGGGAAUACCUCCUCCUCCUCCUCUACCUGGUAUGGAAAUUCCCCCUCCCCCCCCUCUGCCUGGUGUGGAAAUUCCACCUCCCCCACCUCUACCUGGUAUGGGAAUUCCUUCUAUCCCUCCUCUAUCUGGUGUGGGAAUUCCUCCUCCUCCUCCUCCUCCUCCUCCUACUCUGGGAGCUGAAAUUCCACUCCCUCCACCCCCUCCCCCUCCUCUGCCAGGUGCUGGCAUUCCUCCACCUCCUCCUUUACCAGGUAUGGGGAUUCCUCCUGCUCCAGCUCCUCCUCCCCCUGGGACAGGAAUCCCUCCACCUCCACCACCCCCUCUCCUUUCUGGUUCAGGACCUUCACUUGCCCCACAAGUUGGGAGUAGCACUUUAUCGACACCACAAGUGUGUGGAUUUCUUCCUCCUCCAUUGCCAACUGGCCUGUUUGGAUUAGGGAUGAGUCAAGACAAAGGGAGUAGGAAGCAGCCAAUAGAACCUUGUCGGCCAAUGAAGCCUCUUUAUUGGACGAGAAUUCAACUGCAUAGUAAAAGAGAUUCCAGUCCUUCACUUAUUUGGGAAAAAAUUGAAGAGCCAUCCAUAGACUGUCAUGAAUUUGAGGAAUUAUUUUCUAAAACAGCUGUAAAAGAGAGAAAGAAACCCAUUUCUGACACCAUCUCAAAGUCAAAGGCUAAACAAGUUGUGAAGUUAUUAAGCAACAAAAGAUCACAAGCAGUUGGAAUAUUAAUGUCUAGUCUUCACUUAGAUAUGAAAGACAUACAACAUGCUGUUGUUAACUUGGACAACUCUGUGGUUGACCUGGAGACUCUUCAAGCUCUCUAUGAGAAUAGAGCUCAGUCAGACGAACUGGAAAAAAUUGAAAAGCAUGGCCGAUCCUCUAAAGACAAGGAAAACGCCAAGUCUCUGGAUAAACCGGAACAGUUCCUUUAUGAACUGUCACUAAUCCCCAACUUUUCAGAGCGAGUCUUUUGCAUCCUGUUCCAGUCCACGUUUUCAGAAAGCAUUUGCUCAAUUCGUCGCAAACUGGAAUUACUACAGAAAUUGUGUGAGACGUUAAAAAACGGUCCAGGGGUUAUGCAGGUUCUGGGUUUGGUUCUUGCCUUUGGCAACUACAUGAAUGGUGGAAAUAAGACUCGGGGUCAGGCGGAUGGUUUUGGAUUAGACAUUCUGCCGAAGCUGAAAGACGUCAAGAGCAGUGACAAUAGCAGAAGCCUUUUAUCAUAUAUUGUUUCAUAUUAUCUUCGAAAUUUUGAUGAGGAUGCUGGAAAGGAGCAGUGUGUAUUUCCAUUGCCAGAACCCCAGGACCUUUUUCAGGCCUCACAAAUGAAAUUCGAAGAUUUUCAAAAAGAUCUCAGAAAACUAAAGAAAGACUUGAAAGCCUGUGAGGUUGAAGCGGGGAAAGUGUAUCAGGUCUCCUCAGAAGAGCACAUUCAGCCUUUCAAAGGAAACAUGGAACAAUUUAUCAUUCAAGCUAAAAUUGACCAAGAGGCAGAAGAGAAUUCACUGACAGAGACUCAUAAGUGCUUUUUGGAGACUACAACCUAUUUCUUCAUGAAACCAAAAAUUGGAGAGAAGGAGGUGUCCCCAAAUGUUUUCUUCAGUAUCUGGCAUGAGUUCAGCUCUGACUUUAAAGACUUUUGGAAGAAAGAGAACAAACUUAUUCUACAAGAGAGAGUGAAAGAAGCUGAAGAGGUGUGUAGGCAGAAAAAAGGAAAAUCACUUUAUAAAAUAAAACCAAGACAUGACUCUGGAAUUAAAGCAAAGAUAAGCAUGAAAACCUGAAUGGUGAAAAGCAGAAUGAGAAUGAGCCAUUGCCACAACUUUCACAAAACUCAGAUGACCUGAGCGUGGGAAGGAAACUACAUCCAUUCAGAUCAUUUUCUUCUUGACCUCUUACAUAAUCUUUGUGUUUUCUAGACAGUUUACUGAUUAUUGAAUUUUACUGUAUACUCAUAUAAAAAUACAAAAGCAGUAGACCAGUGGAGAAUUUGACUGACAUCUUUUCUUUUUGUAAAAGUUUAUGGUAUUAUACCAAUAGACCAAAAGAGCAUGUUAUAAGAGGCAGUAUCUGCAUUAAUUCUGAACAUGCUAAACAUUAACCUAAAAUUUACUUUUGUGGGACUAUUCUUUGUCAUGGCAAAAACACUUUCCUAUCUAUUGACAACCAGUACUCCACUUCACUGCAUUUAGAUUUCUGGGUAAAAUGUUAUUUCUAGUGAGUUGUUUGUAUCAGUUUCAUGUCUACCUAUAAAUUUUCUAUUUUAAAAUAUAAGUACCAUUUCUAUAUUAUGAUCAAUGCUUUCCCAACUCUUGGGUUGCUCUCCAUAAGUAUAUAUUUGUGAAAGAAUAAUAUCUUUUUCUUUUUUUUUUACUCAAAUCAGAUAAUGAAUAGAAAAAAUAGCAAAGCAAAAACCAUUCAUUUCUUAUAAAUGAAUACAGGAAGAUUAUAAGUAUUUGAAGUCUACUGAGGGCUUUAAUCAGAAUAUGUGCUUUGAGACUCUAAAGAACUCAUCUACAGCAGAGGUAAUUAAACUAAAGAUGUGCCUCUGUAAUUUUCACCAUGACAUUUCACAACAAAAAUUUUACCUAACAUUUUGAAGGAAUAUAAAUAAUUGGCAAACAUGACUAAUAGUUGGAGGAGUGGAAUGGAGGUUAACUUUUUGGAUGGAUUGACAUCUACCUAGAACUCAUUAAAUAAAUAUAUACAUGCCUGAGUAUUUUGACAUGAUUGGGAUUGUAUUUGUGUGUUACAGCAGGUGAAUAAAGCUGUAAAAUGAGAAUGUGAUGAUUCAUUAUCUGAAGGAGUCUAGGAAAUGAUUUGGUUUUAUUUUCUCCUACUCUUUCUGUGAAUAAUUUAAACUCAGCUCAUGAUAAAUUAUGGUGGUUUUGUCUAACAUUAAUAUUUGGUUCUUUAAAAAUUGCUGUUAAUGAUGUCCUGGAUGGUUAUGGUUGUGACUAAAGGGGAGCAUUUAUUGCUAUUGCAAACCAAUUAUGGAAAGCAACUUUAAAAGAAAAACAAUGUUUUAAAUCAUAACUAUGUUUGUAUUUAUGUAUAGUCUCUUGCCUUUUAGUUUGCAGUUUCCGUGCAAAGAAACAGUAGUGUUUUUUUUUUUCUGUUGUUGUUUUGUAGUCUUCCUGUCCCCUUUGGUCCCUCCAAGGUGGAUAUUACCAUCCUUCAAUGAAAUAAUAGGGCAUUUAACAAAGAUCGCUAUGUGCAAUACUGUAUUUAGUGUUUCUAUUUCAAUUUUUCUAGGACGUUAAUUUAUAUGAAAAUAAA